AAAAACCCUCCCCUAGUGAAAUAUUAUCAAUCAAUAUUAUAUAUCGAGAGAAGCCCAAAACUCGAGAUAAAUCAAUUAACAUGAAGAAGCCAGGUUCAGCCAUAGUGUUUGCUGCUGUGGUUGUCGUAAUUUUGGGACAUUGCUGCAGUAGGACUACUACUGCGGCCGAGGCAGUUUACGUCUGCAACGUUGACGGCUUCCACAGCGCGGAACCUUGGGACGUGGCAAAGGCCAACCUUCUCCUGAAGUUGACAUACAACACGUUCUGGCUGCCCGAUCACAGCUACUGGACCAACUACACCGCCGGCGUCAUCACCUUCUUCUACGGCUACGCUUCCUGCGCGACGACGAUGGUGUGCGACGGCGGCAGCCGUCAGUCGGCCGAUUGUUCCACCACGUACGAUCACUGCGUGAAGUGCCUUAACGACGCCAACUAUUAUCUGACGACAUCCUGUUACGGAAGAAUAGGGGGCCACGUCACGAACAACAAUGGCGUGCUGCAGUGUUACAUGCGAUAUGAGCAGACCCAGUUCCAGUAGCUAGCUAGCUAUAGAUAUGACUUACCAAAUAUCGAAAUUUCGAAUAGCGUUCUAAACUCAAUUUAAUUUUGGUGUGAUUCCAAAAUAAAUUCGGUAUUUCCAU